AAAAGAGAAAUUGAAAACAACUCUUCGAAGAAACCAACAGCAUUAUCUUCUCCAUUGCUACCUUCUUUUUAUCAUCAUGGAGUUCUCCUCCUCUUCUGUCCUCUUUCCCUUUCUUCUCUUUUUAUUCAUGCUAUUCAGAAUAGGUAAGAGGUCCAAACCCAACAUCUCAACUCCAAAGCUGCCCCCAGGACCAUGGAAACUACCUCUAAUUGGAAACCUGCACCAGCUUGUUGGUUCACUUCCUCAUCACUCACUGAGGGACUUGGCAGAGAAAUAUGGGCCUCUCAUGCACCUACAGCUUGGCCAAGUCUCCACGCUUGUAGUCUCAUAGCCACAAAUUGCCAAAGAGGUUAUGAAAACCCACGACCUCAAUUUUGCCCAAAGGCCCCAUCUUCUUGUUACCAGGAUUGUAACUUCUGAUUCUACCGACAUUGCUUUUGCCCCAUAUGGUGACUAUUGGAGACAACUCCGAAAAAUUUGUGUGAUAGAACUUCUAAGUGCCAAGCGUGUUAGAUCAUUCCAGUUGAUUAGGAAAGAGGAGGUUUCAAAUCUCAUCAGAUUCAUUGACCCUUGCUCAAGAUUUCCUAUCGAUCUUAGGGAGAAAAUUUCCUCUUUUACAUUUGCCGUGAUCUCAAAAGCAGCACUUGGGAAAGAAUUCAAAGAACAAGAUUCUCUUAAAUCGGUUUUGGAGGAAGGUACAAAGCUGGCAUCAGGUUUCUGUCUUGCCGAUGUGUACCCUUCUGUUAAAUGGAUUCAUCUGAUCAGUGGAAUGAGGCAUAAACUUGAGAAGCUGCAUGACAGGAUUGAUGGAAUACUUCAGAUUAUUGUUGAUGAGCACAGAGAGAGAAUGGAAAAAAGCACAGGCGAGCUUGAAGCAGAAGAAGACUUCAUUGAUGUGCUUUUAAAGCUUCAACAGGAUGGAGACCUUGAACUUCCCUUAACUGACGACAAUAUUAAAGCAGUCAUCUUGGACAUUUUCAGUGGAGGAGGGGCAACAGUAUCGACAGCUGUGGAGUGGGCAAUGUCGGAAAUGAUGAAAAACCCAAGAGUCAUGGAAAAGGCACAAGCUGAGGUAAGGCGGGUCUUUGAUGGACAAGGGGAUGUGGAUGAAACGGGCAUUGAUGAAUUAAAAUUCUUAAAGGCGGUAGUCAGUGAAACCUUGAGGCUACACCCUCCUUUCCCAUUGUUGCUUCCAAGGGAAUGUAGGGAGAAGUGUAAGAUUAAUGGAUAUGAGGUACCUGUGAAGACCAGAAUGACCAUUAAUGCAUGGGCAAUUGGGAGGGAUCCUGAUUAUUGGACUGAAGCUGAGAGAUUUUACCCAGAGAGAUUCCUUGAUAGUUCAGUUGAUUACAAGGGUGCUGAUUUUGGAUUCAUCCCAUUUGGUGCUGGAAGGAGGAUGUGCCCAGGCAUAUUGUUUGCCAUACCCAGCAUUGAGCUGCCACUAGCUCAUUUACUGUUCCAUUUUGACUGGGAACUCCCCAACGGAAUGAGGCAUGAGGAUCUAGACAUGACCGAGGUUCAUGGCUUAUCAGCCAAAAGAAAACACAGUCUGCAUUUAAUUCCCAUUCCUUAUAAUUCAUAGCCUGUUGGGUGAGACCACCCAGAAGAAGGAUUCCAACUACGCAGUUGCUAUAUUUGAAAUGAUAUACAAGUUGCUGUGAUGUACUAUGAGCAUAAUGCUCUAAUGCUAUAGAAGAAGUUGUCGAUUUCAA